AUGGAUUUUCUUAACGGCAGCAGUGCUGGGUUGAGGUCGGAGAUGCAGGGGAAACUUACAGAGGAAGGUUCCGGAUUCUAUCCUGUUUCUGCGUUGAACUUCUCUUUCAUGCUUAAUGAAACGAACCAGUCCUUUGAUUUCCUGGGGGAUGGAUCCGCCGUCCUGAGAAUAAUCAUCUCUGUGAUUUACUCUGUGGUCUGUGCUUUGGGGUUGAUAGGAAACGUCCUUGUCUUAUACCUAAUGAAGUCUAAACAAGUAUGGAAAAAAUCGUCUAUUAACCUUUUCGUGACGAGUUUAGCAGUGACUGAUUUCCAGUUUGUAUUAACUCUUCCCUUUUGGGCAAUAGAGAACGCGUUGGACUUCACUUGGCUUUUUGGAAAAGCCAUGUGCAAGAUAGUGUCUUACGUGACAGCGAUGAAUAUGUACGCAAGUGUGUUUUUCCUGACUGCUAUGAGUGUGGCACGGUACUGGUCCGUUGCUUCUGCGCUCAAUAGCAGGCGGCGCCGUCCGCGUUGUUGCUCCGCAGGCUUUAUGAGCAUUGUCAUAUGGGUUGCUGCUAUAUUCGCAGCUUUGCCCCAUGCGGUGUUUUCCACAACGGCGACCGUCUCCAACGAGGAACUGUGUCUUGUUAAAUUUCCAGACACUGUCGACGCACAAUUCUGGCUUGGACUUUACCAUAGCCAAAAAGUACUGAUCGGGUUUCUAAUCCCGCUGGGGAUCAUCUCCGUCUGCUACCUGCUCCUUCUGCGCUUCAUCACAUCCAAGAACGUGAACACCUCCACCGCAAAAAGACGCUCCAAAGUGACUAAAUCAGUGACUAUAGUGGUCCUGUCAUUUUUCCUCUGUUGGUUGCCGAACCAGGCACUAACGGCUUGGGGGAUUCUUAUAAAACACAACGUUUUGCAUUUCAGUUGGGCAUAUUACACCACGCAGGCAUAUGUAUUCCCAGUGUCUGUCUGUUUGGCGCACUCCAACAGCUGUCUAAACCCCAUAUUGUAUUGUCUAAUGAGAAGAGAGUUCAGAAAGGCUUUGAAAAAACUUUUUUGGCAAAUAACGUCUCCAUCGGUGACCAACAUGAGACCGUUUACGGCAAUGACCAAGCCGGAACAGGACGAGCACGGCCAUGCGAUGGUUCCGUUAGCCCUCUGUCCGGCAGAGCCAGCCUUGGUUUUCUAUCCACCUGGUGUUGUUAUUUACAAUGGGAGAAACGAUAUGCUCCCGAAUAGUACGUAG